AUGAAAGGAGGUAAAUCAAAGGCUGAAACCAGGAGCUCCAAGCUCUCUGUGACCAAGAAGCCGGCUAAGGGAGCAGGCCGUAGCAAAGCGGCUGCUAAGGAUCCAAACAAACCAAAGAGGCCAGCGAGUGCCUUCUUCGUUUUCAUGGAAGAUUUCCGUGAGACUUUCAAGAAGGAACACCCCAAGAACAAAUCUGUUGCUGCUGUUGGAAAAGCUGCUGGAGACAAGUGGAAAUCCUUGUCAGAUGCUGAGAAGGCUCCUUACGUUGCCAAGGCUGAGAAGCGCAAGGUUGACUACGAGAAAAACAUGAAAGCAUACAACAAGAAACUGGUACAUCAAGUGUCAAUCGAGAGGAGGACGAUGAUUAAGAAGUUGAAGUUUGGUAGCACUAGUAUAGAUGGCUGCAAAGAUCUCUCUGGUUUUUUUUAUCUUGUCUUAUAA